AGACCCAUCUAGGUCUCUAAGACGAUAAUACAAAAUGAAAUUGACCUUGUGUCAUCCAUGUAAACUAUCUAGAAAAAAAAGGUAGAUAGUACACGUCACAUAUGUGUAAAACUCCAUUACAUUAGUAAACAUAAAGAUAAGGAUGUCGUAAAAGUGUAAAAACUGGUAACAUCAAUAAAAACCAUAAGUACCAGAUACAAAAAAUAUAAUACACACAUACUACUUGUGGUGUAAUUCAUAACUUGCUACAUUAGUUAUAAUGAAGUGGUUAUACUUUCUAUCCAUAUGUUUGACAAUCCAAGUAUGUUAUGCUCCUCCAGUGACACAAAAGAAAGAGGAAGAACAUGAUUCAGAAGUGAAUGGAUUAGAAGAUUAUAUGGAAUAUCAUAGGUAUCUAAAAGAGGUUGUGAAUGCUUUAGAAUCAGAUCCAGAUUUUAGAGCUAAACUUGAGAAGGCUGACGAAAGUGAAAUUAGAUCUGGAAAAAUAGCAGAAGAGCUAGAAUUUGUCUCUCAUCAUGUUAGGACUCGCUUAGAUGAAUUGAAAAGGAUAGAAUUAGAAAGAUUAAAGCAACUAGUAGAACAACGAAGAAAACUGGAAGAUACAAAUUCAAUAGAUAUCGAAGACCCUAUGCAUCAUCAUGUAGAUCGUUCAAAUCCUCAUACUUUUGAAAUUGAGGAUUUGAAAAAACUUAUUGCCAAAACCACAGCAGAUUUAGCUGAAGCUGAUAAGAAACGUAAAGAGGAGUUCAAGCAGUAUGAAUUAGAAAAAGAAUAUAGAAAACAAGAUAAAUUAAAUCAUACUACGGAAGAAGAAAGAAAAAAAAUCGAAAUGGAAUAUCAGGAGAUGGAAAAGAAACAUAAAAAUCAUGAAAAACUCCAUGAGCCUGGACACAAAGCUCAAUUAGAAGAAGUCUGGGAAGAACAGGAUCAAAUGCAACAAGACUUUGAUCCUAAGACAUUUUUUAUGUUACACGACUUAGAUGGUAAUGGUCUAUGGGAUCAAGAUGAAGUGAAGGCCUUAUUCGUUAAGGAACUGGAUAAAAUGUAUCAACAAAAUGCUCCUGAAGACGAUUGGCGUGAACGAAUUGAAGAAAUGGAAAGAAUGAGAGAGAGUGUUUUUAGAGAGAUGGAUGCAAAUCGUGAUGGUUUCAUAGAUUUUCAUGAAUUCCUAGCACGUACCAAUGCUAACGACUUCAAACAAGACCAUGGAUGGCAAGGACUUGAUGAACAAAGACCAUUCACAGAUGAAGAACUUGCAGAAUAUAUAAGGCAACAGCAAGCUAUGAACAAUAUUCCUCCGGCCUAUCAGCAGCUACCACCAGGUGGAUAUCAUCAACAGGUUCCUCCUCAAGGAUAUCAGCAGCAACAUAUGCAACAAAGAGGAUAUCAACAAGUACCUCCAGGUGCUUAUCAACAACACAUUCCUCAGGGAGGGUACCAACAACAACAGCAUCCUCAAGGUGGAUAUCAACAACAGCAGGUUCCUCAAGGAGGAUAUCAACAACAGAUUCCCCAAGGAGGAUAUCAACAACAGAUUCCUCAAGGAGGAUAUCAACAACAGGUUCCUCAAGGUGGAUAUAACCAACAUCAGAUUCCUCAAGGAGGAUAUCAACAGCAGCAGCAAGUUCCACAAGGUGGACAACAGCAGCAAGUGCCACAAGGUGGACAACAGCAACAAGUGCCACAAGUUGGACAACAGCAGCAAGUGCCACAAGAUGGACAACAGCAACACCAGGAUUCUCAAAGAGAUUAUAAACAGCAGCAGGUUCCCCAAACUGUCAACCAGCAAAUAACUCAGUCUGCUCAACAGGCUGUAAAAGAACAAGAAGCACAACUACAAGGUCAUCCUCAACAAAAUCAACAGCAGGUCAUUGAUCAACAAUACGAACAACCAAAAGAACAAAAUCUUCCGAACAUGGCUCCAGCUCAUCAGCAAGAUCAAAUAAAUAGAAAUGACGUUCAUCUUAAUAAAUUAUAAAAAUCGACUUAACCAAUGGAAAAAAUGCAUUUAAUUCCCCGAAACAAGUGUUUUUAUUAAUUUUUAUCUCACUAAUUUUAUAAAUAACCGAUACAAAACGCUAAGUUUACUUCGAAUUAAUAAAGAUCUUAUAUAACAAGAAAAUGUACAAUGUGUAUAGGGAGUUAUAAUCUUAGGUGCAAUAUAUUGUAUGUUUAUAUUUGAAUUUCAUAUUUAUUUAUAUGCUUGAGUUUUCAAUGAUUUUAUCAUCCAUGACUUUUAAUAAAAUGAGCAAAUGAUAUAA